GAUAAGUAAGUUUGAAUGAUGAUGAUUUUGAUGAUGUGAAUGCGAUUAUCAGCGGAAGCUCGAGCUCCGGGAGGAUGAAUGCAUUUCUCCGGCUCGGAUUCUCAUUUCUGCUGCUCUUCUGCGCGCCCGCUUCUACUCAAGGUCCAGGUUGUGCUGCUGGAUGUCAUGGACAGCACGGGUUCUGUGAGUCUGGAGAAUGCAGGUGUGUGUCCGGUUGGCGCGGGCCGGCGUGUGAUCAGUGUGUUCCUCCGCUCGGCUGUGCGCACGGGACCUGUGAGGAACCAGGCCAGUGCAUCUGUGAGCGCGGCUGGACGGGAGCGCGCUGUGAUCGAGACGUCCGGCCGUGUUCAUCUAAGCCCUGCUCGGGGAACUCCACCUGUGUGGCGAUGGAGGGAGGAGGAGGACACGCGUGUGUAUGUGCUGGAGACGGCUCCCGCUGUCAGAACGGAGGAUCCUGCUCCGCCAGCCGUUGCCUGUGUCCUGCUGGGUUCACUGGCGUGUUCUGUGAGAUCCCGCUGGACGUCUGCGAGCCCAAUCCGUGCCUGAACGGAGGCCGGUGUGUUAACGGGAUCCGCUGCUCCUGUCUGCCGAGAUUCACCGGCCCGUCCUGUGAACUGCAUGUCAAGAAGCUGAAGAUGAAGCCCCGAGUUAAAGCUCAGCACUUCUCGGCUCCGGCGCUCCACAAGCUCCUCCGGCCGGUCCCGGUGUCCAGUCCGCUGGUGACCCGCAGCCAGAUCAUCUGCUUCGCCGUUCUGGGUCUGCUCACCUGCCUGGUGGUGCUGGUGACCACGGGCCUGAUCUUCUUCCCUCGCUGCGAGGUGUGGGUCGCCAACCGCAGGUACAGACGGCUGGUUCAGGAGAACCAGAGGAACCUCCUCCAACACGCGCCCGUCAACAUUAUCCUGCCGGAGAAGACCCGACUCAGCCCCCACGGGCCGCACUACACCUCCAUACGGCACACCGCUGACCCUGUUCUCUGAUCAGCGGCAGGAUUACAGGCUUC